CGCUUUUCCGUCUCCCCUACACGCUUUACGCCAUCUUGAAAUUACACCCGCAGUUUGUUAAGUCGCUACCAGAAAUUAGCAGAGCACAACAACUCUUAUCAUCAGCGGGACGGUGUCGGGCAUGAACGGUUCCCGAAACAAACCGGCACAGACACUCAGCAAGGGACCGGCGGACACGGACAGCAGCUCGGAGGCGACCCACAGGGAGCGAAGGACCGGCGGAGGAAUGCUGAAAAAGCUGAAGUCGAGGCGCAGUCAAACGGAUAAGUGGCCUGUGGUCACCGAGGAUGAGCUCCGGGCUCUGGGGACAGAUAUUUCCCCGGAUCAUGUCCUGGGUCUGCGAGCUGUCACGGAGGACUAUCUUUGCAAACCUGAAGAUAAUAUCUACAACGUUGACUUUACUCGGUUCAAAAUCAGAGAUCUGGAGACGGGGACAGUCCUCUUUGAGAUUGCCAAGCCUCCUAACAGUGGUCCAAUGGAGAGUGACGAGGAGAGUGCAGAUAUUGACACCAGUGCAGGGCGUUUUGUCAGAUACCAGUUUACACCAGCCUUCCUAAAACUGCGCACUGUUGGUGCAACUGUUGAGUUCACAGUGGGUGACCGGCCAAUAAACAGCUUUCGUAUGAUUGAGAGGCAUUACUUCCAGGGGCGCCUCCUCAAGAACUUUGACUUUGACUUCGGCUUUUGCAUUCCAAACAGCCGCAACACAUGCGAACACAUUUAUGAGUUUCCACAGCUUCCAGACGACCUCAUUCGCCAAAUGGUGGAGCACCCUUAUGAGACCAGAUCAGACAGUUUCUACUUUGUGGACAAUAAACUCAUCAUGCACAACAAGGCAGAUUAUGCCUACAACGGUGGUCUGUAAUACAAGAAGGGAUAAAAUGUAUGCAAUACCUCCCAGGAGAUUGAGUUCUUGGAUUACAACCAUCCAAAAGCUUCUUUUCGGUGGACAGAAGUAUUCUCUCCUUUAUCUACAUUCCUACACACGUGACGACAACUUUAAAUUCAACCGACCACAUCUGCCUUGUUAUGAAAUCAUGGAUCCGUUCAUCUGUACCUCACAGAGCUCAGUUUCUUGGACUCUGAGGAAUGUUCUGUUAAAUAUUUCUCUGUUAAA